GAAGAAGAGAAGAGAGAGAGGCGGAGAAGAGGAAAGUGAGAGAGAAGCUUAAGCAAAAUCGUUAAGAGACUCUCUCGAGUCUUCUUUGAGUCACUUCCCCUCUCUUCUCUCCGCGGCGGCGAUUACCCUUUUUAGGGUUUCUGUUUCCCCAACACAAUGCAUAAGUUGAGUAGAAGCAACCGUGACAAACUUCAGCAGUUCGUGGCUAUUACUGGAGCUAGUGAGAAGAAUGCUCUUCAGGCUCUCAAAGCCACCGAUUGGCAGCUUGAAGCAGCUUUUGAUGUGUUUUACAGCCAGCCUCAGCCAAGAAGCAAUGGUGAUAUGAGACGCUUGGAGGAGCUUUACAAUAGAUAUAAAGACCCAUAUUCUGAUAUGAUUCUGGCCGAAGGUAUCUCGGUUCUGUGUAGUGAUCUUCAGGUGGAACCCCAAGACAUUGUCACGUUGGUGCUUUCGUGGCAUAUGAAUGCUGCUACAGCGUGUGAAUUCUCCAGGGAAGAAUUUUUUGGUGGAUUACAGGCAUUAGGCGUAGAUUCCAUUGGGAAGUUGCAGGAAAAGCUGUCAUUUAUGCGUUCUGAGCUUAAGGAUGAACAAAAGUUCCAUGAAAUUUACAACUUUGCUUUUGGGUGGGCAAAAGAGAAGGGGCAGAAGUCGCUUGCUUUAGAUACAGCCAUUGGGAUGUGGCAGUUGCUCUUUGCAGAAAGAGAGUGGCCAUUGGUGAAUCACUGGUGUGAUUUCUUGCAGGAUCGUCACAACAAGGCCAUAUCUAAAGACACAUGGGCACAGCUUCUGGAGUUUGCAAGGACGGUGGACCCCGCGCUGUCGAAUUAUGAUGCAGAAGGAGCAUGGCCUUACCUCAUCGAUGAGUUUGUUGAGUAUCUGUAUGACAAGGGCGUUGUUGAAAAGUAACUUGCCAACUGGGAGAAGUACUCGGCUCUAUUUUUACAGUGCUUCCUUGCUCAUUAUUUAUUAAUAGACUUGUGUGUUCUUGUCCGAAUCUUCGUCUUCAUAUUUUGAUGAUCAAAUAACUAAGAUGUUCAAAAUUUCAGACUAAACCAGUUUCUAUCUUCUAUUACCAAUAAUCACCGCACGAACAAACUCCAUCCUUGAAAUGGUGGAACCGAUUGGUGUCUCUCACAACAAUCUCUCUACCUACAAGCUUCGAGAUAACUUUUGUAGCAGCGUGACAGUUCACACAAGCUCUCAGAUUCUUUGUGAUCCGCAGUGUAGUCCCUUGGGGUGUACAUAUAAGUCCAUAUGCAAUCGCUAUCCUCUCGCUAUGACUGCACAGAGUCUCCUCAGCUUCUUCAUCGUUUAGAUCGUGCAACGAAGCAUCCUUGUACGCCACAAAUCCACUUUCCUUCAGUUUAUUCUCAAUCCACUCUACUUGUCUCUCAAUCUCUUCAUAUCUUGGAUGUGACUUAUCACCAACUCGAAACGCCUCCAACCUUCCCCUUACUUCAACCCAGCUGCAUCCAACGUCUUUACUCAGUCCCUUCUCCUUCAUUAUCACCCGCACCUCUGCAACGCGGUCCCAUAAACGAGCUGCAGCAUACAGAUUAGAGAGCUGCACGUAAUGGCCUGUGUUGGUUGGGUCUAUCAAGAAAAGUUGUUGAGCUGCGUAUUCUCCCAAACUCACGUGCCUAUGCUUCUUGCAAGCGCUUAAGAGCGCUCCCCAAACCGUUACACCUGGCUGAAUCGGCAUGCAUUUGAUCACCUCAUAAGCUUGAUCAAGAUGACCAGCACGUCCAAGAAGAUCAAUGACGCAUGCAAAGUGUUGCUGCUGCG